AUGGCAACAUUUAGUAAGUUUUUUAACACAAAUACCAAUAUUACUAUGUUGGAUGAUUUGAUCCCUUCGAUGGGGCUUCCUGCCUUUAUCAGUGCUAUAGUGCUCUGCUGUGUGGGGUUCUACUUGAUAAGGAAGUUGAGUGUCGAUACCAAAAUACCUGUAAGAGAUUCUUCCAAGAAUCAUAACUGGAGUACUAUUGAAGUGUCUUCCAAGGCAUGGUACUGUUCCAUAUGUGAUAUGUUCCUUGUGACGGGAAUUGGGGUGUUUUGCGAUUGUUGCGGGGUAUGUGCUUGUCCGGAAGAUGUGAAAAAAGCAAACUUAAAAUUACCUUGCAAAGCUAUAGUGAGCACUAAUGAUGUGCAGCUGCAUCAUUGGGUUAAAGGGAAUCUUCCGUUGGGCACAAUCUGUUACAUUUGCGACGAAGAAUGUUGCUUGGAGCCGGGUUUGAACGAUUUUCAAUGUUGCUGGUGCCAAAGAACAGUACAUACAGAGUGUUUGGAUAAAAUGGGGCAGGUUUGCGAUUUCGGAUCUUUUCGUAAUAUGAUUGUGCCGCCAUCUUGCGUACAAGUGGCCAGAAGAAAAGGGGCUUUGAAUAAGCAUCUUUUGUUGAGAGCUGUAAAAGAUCCUGGCUGGGAAAAUUGGACACCACUGGUUGUUAUUGGGAAUAAAAAGUCGGGGAAUAGUGAUGGGGCUCAGGUAUUGUCAGAGUUCAGAAAAUAUCUGAAUCCAGUGCAGGUUAUCGAUUUGAGUGAGAGAAAACCACAGGCGGCUCUUCAGUGGUGCGUUUUAUUAGCACCAAGGCCUGUAAAACUUUUAAUUGCCGGUGGUGAUGGUACUGUAGCAUGGGUUAUGACGUCAUCGUAUAAAAUGGACCUAGACCCUGAACCGGAAAUCGCCAUAAUGCCCUUGGGCACUGGAAACGACUUAUCUAGAGUUUUAGGCUGGGGAAAGGAAAACUCGACCGACUUUGAGAUCGUCAAAUUGCUGAGAAACAUUCAGAGAGCGCGAAAAUCUCAAUUAGACAGGUGGAAAGUGGAGUUGGUCUCCACGCGCCAUCUAGGUUUAAGAAUACCCACUAAAACGCUGUACAUGUACAACUACUUGUCGGUAGGGGUGGAUGCUCAGGUGGCCUUGAACUUCCACAAGACGCGCCAAAGCAUUUUUUAUGUCUAUGGAAGUCGAAUUUUCAAUAAAAUGUUGUAUUUGUGCUUUGGCACCCAUCAGGUUGUCAAUUCCGAUUGCAAAAAUAUUGAACAACGUCUCGACUUGUACUUGGACGGCCGAAAAGUGGACUUACCCGAACUGGAGUCCAUUGUGAUUCUAAACAUAUCAUCUUGGGGCGCUGGGGUCGACUUGUGGCGUAUGGGUUCUCAAAAUGGCAGAUCCACCCAAUCAUACCAUGAUGGAAUUCUGGAGGUUGUUGGCAUAUAUUCUUCAUUCCAUAUUGCGCAACUGCAAGUAGGGCUGUCCACACCCUUGAAACUAGGGCAGGCCAAACAUGUAGAGAUUCGAUUAAAAGGGGAACUUCCAGUUCAAAUAGAUGGCGAACCGUUUGAACAGCACCCCAGUACCCUACAAGUUACCUACACAAACAAGUGUUCCGUUUUGGUAAAUCAAAAUCCCGACGAAUAA